CACUGCAGCAGCGACCAAUCAGCUAGAGAGCUGGCAUCCAGCGCGUCGUAUCCGCCCUCAGUUUGAAGCCCCGGAGUGGGGAACUCGCUGACUCUAAUGUGAAGCGACUGCCCAUCACAAAGAUGAAGUCUCUGGUGUUUGUCUGUGCCCAGAAGGUGGUGUCUGACCACUCCUCCCUGCGCCGGGCGCUGGACUUCAUGCCCAAGGAGCUGUACCCGGCCCUGUUCCAGGCGGCGUUCCUGGGCAAGAAGACCCUGGUGCUGCAGGACCUGGUGCAGACGUGGCCCUUUGCGGUGCUCAGUUUCCAGAAGCUUCUGAAUAGCGACAGACACUGCGACCCUGUGGGGGCCAUGGAGAAGCCCAGCAAGCUGUGCGUGCAGACGAUCAUCCUGGGGGUCAUUACCUACCUGAGCGACGCACUCGCCAAGGGCCCUGAGGGACAGCGGGCUGGGAAGCAGCGGCUGCGCCUGUUGGACAUGACGGGGAUACAGGACGACGGGCUGGAGCAGAACCCCGACACUAUGAGUCUGUGGUCCCGCACGGUGACGCUGGCCAAAGCCUGUAUAGACGUGUCCAAGCGCCACGGUGAGGAGGCCACGCAGGCGUGGAAGCGCCGGAGGGGCAGCCAUAUUACUGCGCUCCCAGCUGCCAGCCCGGUGUACGUGGAAGUGCGCGUGGACCUCUUUGUGAAUAGCACUUCCUACGGCGUCCUGCGGGAGGCGCUGCUGGUCAGCUCGCACAGCCCCCUACGCCUGCAGUGCCGGGACCUCCGGGCCGAGGAGCUGUCGCUCCGUAGCACCGCGGGGCUUCUGGAACUGCUGAGCCCCGGGAGCGUCCGGCAGAUAGACCUGAGGUUCAACAACCUGGGCCUCUCCGGCCUGAACGUCCUGCUCCCGCAAUUGGCCAAGUUCUCGCGCCUGCAGAGCCUCAAGCUGCCGUACAGCAACGUGGACGUAAGGCGCCUCUCCCCCGUCAUGGAGGAAGGACUGCAGAGCUUCGCCUCUCAGCUGGGGCAACUGGGGGCCCUCAGGGAGCUCAAUCUGGGCUCCUCCCGCCUCUCCGGCCGCCUACGCCAGCUCCUCGGGGGUUUGCAGAGACCGCUGGAGAGCUUGGAGUUGGCCUUCUGUUCCCUUCUACCAAUGGACCUUUCCUAUCUCUCCCAGAGUGUCCAUGUGUCGUCUCUAAGGAAGUUGGACCUCAGUGGGAACAACUUGUCGGACCUCCUUCUGACCCCUUUCCUGCAGGUUCUGUCGGAGGUGUCGGGGCGCCUCCUGUACCUGGACGUAAUGGAGUGCAAGCUGAAGGACGCCCAUCUCGGUACGUUGAUGACUAUUCUGCGCCGUUGCUCUCAUCUCCGGUACCUGGGCCUCUUCUGCAAUCCCAUCUCCUCCGACGGCCUGAGAAUGGUCCUGCAGAACUUGGUCCAACUGGCUGAGCUGCGUUUGGUGGUUUAUCCCUUCCCCGUGGAUUGUUACAGCGACGCCACGCAGUUCGCUUCAUCCGCAGCCUUGUUGGACUCUUCCUUUGACCAUGACAAACUUGCCCGUGUUGGGGAGGAGCUUCAGCAGAUGCUCCUGGGCGCCCAGAGGGCGGAUAUGGUAUGGACCACCGACAUGUACGUGCACAGGACACUGGACUCCCUCAGCCUGUAACCUCCCCAUACACAGCUUCCAUAUACACCUGCCUGUAGGGGGCGCUGGGCCCCCCGAGCCUGCAAUCUUCAGAUGCCAACAUGGUGGGCCCUAUGUCCCCCACUAGACCUCAGUACAAAUCCGCUCAGGCUCAGUGUUCUUCUGCAACUUGGCUCUUGGGGGGCUUGGAAUAAAAUUUGGGGGCCCCUCCUAUUACAGUCAUUAUUUUCCCUGUAUUUUCUUUAUAAGAAGAUAUUAUGACACAUUUGUUUCUAUUUUGUAUAUAUAAUAAGUCAUACAGCUAUUUAAUACACAUUGUAUUUUAUUCAUAUUGUUUAUUCCUUAUUGAGACUCAGUUGGUCUCAUUCUGUCGGCAAUAAAAUAUCAACAAAUUCUUCUACUCCA